AUGCCUGGAGACCUAGUUGUUUGGACCAAAGAUGGUCGGGAAGUCGAGGACACGGGCAGAUUCAAUUUCAGCCAAGAUGGCAAUUCUUUCACCUUUGAGAUACCUGCAGCACUGGCAACAGAUUCGGGUGUCUACUGUGCUAAGGCUACAAAUAGCAAAGGAAAGGCCGAAUGGCAAUUCACACUUGAUGUGCGAGUAAGUUCUUCUCCAUGUGCUGAUAUUGAUGUACUACAGCUGAUCAAGUCCAUGCAGUGCAUUGGAUGCUCGGGCUGUGAACAAAAUGCAGCGUAUUUUUGCAAAAGUUGCCAUGCAGAUCUGUGUCAAGAAUGUGCCUUCAAACACACAGAAAAUGAGAACUCUCCACACCACGUCGUAAUAUACAGCGAAAAAUACAUGCACGCGGAAAUUGAAAGCGCACCUGUUCGGGAAAUCGAAGAAAUGGCAAAGGAGAAAAAGAUGACGACGGAUAUCAACUCCGAUGUCCCAACUGUCGACGGGAAGCCUGAAAUGUGCAACCUACACCCUAAAAUGAUCUACGGGAUGUGCUGUAAAGAAUGCAAAGUACCUGUAUGUAUUCGAUGUGUGAAAGAAAACCACAAUGGUCACGUGUUCAUCGACACAAGCGAGUUCUAUGAACUGGUGAAAGGGGAAUUGCAAAUGCCUGUUUCGGACAUGUGCUCUUCUCAAAUACCACGACUUCAAACGACUCUUAAUCAGGCUGUACAGGGGAGAGUGCUCUGUAUCGAGGCCUUCCGAAAGGUGAAGUCGGAACUAAUCUCAGAUACUGAUCAGGCAAAGAAACUUCUCAAUGAAAAUUUGACAUGCAAUUUAAAAGUUAUGGACGACAUUGAAAGCAUGCUAACCGAGGACUACCUUGAAAGAGAGAGGGACAUUCAGAACAAUUUGUCAGAUCUACAAAACGCAGCACAGCGCUAUGAUGAACUGCAAACGUCACAAAGAUGGGCAGAAAUGAUCAAUAACCACUACAGUCAACUCAAAAAUCCCAGCGUUAAAUUUAAAAACAUUGCCCCCGUAGUUUCCCAGAUUAAUUAUAAUCGAGAUACGACAAUGGCAUUGGACGACAUAAGCAAUUUGUUUGGAUGCCUAACAAUCCAGCCUGGAAACGUUCAGGAACUGAAACGUAUUAAGGAAUAUACACAAAAGAAAACAAAAAUUCAAGUGAAAUUUCUGCCAGUCGUUCAGAAGAUCAUGGACUUUGAAGUGUUGGGCAUCGCUCAUGCAAGUCACAUUUCUUACAUCGGGGAUGGGAUGGCGUUUUUCAGUGACAACAAUUCUAGACUUGUUCUAGCAAAUGUGAGAGGCGAGGCGACAACUGAAAACACUACCAUGUUGAAUAGUGGUUAUGGUUGUCACGCACUAACACAAGGAAAAGAUCUUUUAAUCAUAGAUCUCCCCAAACAUCAGAUCUGCAAAAUUACGGAGGAGAAGAAGAUAAUUUCCAUUCUCAACACGGGGAAGUGGACCCCGACCACCCUCCACUGUUCCUCGCGGAAUGGGGACAUCUUGGUUGGAAUGUUCUUCAAACACGAUGCCAAAGUUGUUCGUUACAGUGACAAGGGAAAAGAACUGAACGAGAGUCAGAAAGACGCAGACGACAGCAACCUAUACCGGAAUCCGUGUUACAUAACAGAAAACAUAAACGGCGAUAUCUGUGUGUCUGACUGGAACAGAGAGCGCUUAAUUGUCAUUAACAGGGAGGGACAGCACAAGUUUUCUUACUCGGGGAGGGACUCGAGAUUUUAUCCACGAGGGGUUGUUACAGAUGACUUGGGAAGAAUUUUAGUCUGUGACUGUGUAAGAAACACAAGCACAUCUAACACUCGAAGUUCCAAGACCCUUAAUGUCACAGGAGGCAUGCAGAAUUUCCUGAAUGGAAAUGUACAUGAUGGAAAAUUCAUUGUCAACACAACAACAAAUCCAAAAAAAAGACCACGCUUCAUCUAUGACACAGAUUCGGAUGACUGA